AUGAAGAGGCCCACUUCUCUGGACUCUUCUAACGGGUCUUCUGACUCCAAUUCGGAUUCAAAGCCUGAGUCGUAGCCCAAGUCAGGAUCAGACUCUUCCUGGUCAGACUGAUAGUUGGAGUCAGGCUCGUAGCCAUCGUUAUACAUAUGCAGCGACAUUUUAGCAAUAGAAAGUUACACAGAUGUUCUCAAAACGACCUGUCUUCUCAGAAGGUGAAAGUGUUUAUGGGGGGAAUGUUGAUUCUGUUUCUAGAAUGUUGUGGAAUUUUAGAAUGUUAUUGAUGGUUUCUAUGGCAAACUAAGCUUGAUUUGGCAAACCAGCCUGAAGCAGGUGACGUCAUAAUGGUUGGCUAUGUGGCCAAGGAGAUAUGGACAUUCAAAUCCAAACAACUUAUUUUCUGUGUGGAGUGGUGCAUUCAGUAAAACACAUACAAAUAAUCAAAAUAAUCAAAAGCAUUAAAGGCAAUAGAUGACAGGACAUCAUUUACAGUCUUUAGCUGGCUCCAUGCCCUAGUUCAAAGUAUGUUUCAACUCCAAGUAUUAUUUGUAAACUGAUUAGAGGUCUGUAUAACAUUCAUAACUGUAUAGACAGAAGGUGUGAAUGAAAGUUUGACAUCAAUUGCCUUUCAAUAAAAUCAUAAGAACAUAAAGACUGCGUUUACACAGCCAACCCAAUUCUGAUCUUUUGCCCAAUUAUUGGCAAAAGAGCUUAUCUGAUUGGUCCAGUUAGUGGAAAAAGAUCAGAAUUGGGCUGCCUGUGUAGUUGCAGCCAUAAAGCUUAGAAUAUCUGGAUUGGAAUAUUUAGCUUAGUGUGUGCUAGCCUAUAUCUCUUUUAAUGUUCUGUGUUGUUGUAUUUGUUGUUUGUCCGCAGGGCUGGAGUACUGUGUGCGUAUGCAGCUAACCAGAACCUGAGCUCUCAGCUCAAAGGCAUGAGGAGACUGGUCAGCAGCAACCUGAGGGACCUGCAGAGCUUUACCAACGAGACGCCAACGGUAAAGCUUUUUUAGCGUAGCUGCAAUGACAGUAUUACUGUAGGUGUGCACACAAGGCUAAGUAGAGAAUGUACGAGAUGGUUAGAUUAAAUGUACAAUACCGGUCAAAAGUUUUAGAACACCUACUCAUUCAAAAGUUUUUCUUUAUUUUUACUAUUUUCUACAUUGUAGAAUAAUAGUGAAGACCUCAAAACUAUGAAAUAACACAUAUGGAAUCAUGUAGUAACCAAAAAAGAAACAAAUCAAAAUAUAUUUGAGAUUUGAGAUUCUUCAAAUAGCCACCCUUUGCCUUGAUGACAGCUUUGCACACUCUUGGCAUUCUCUCAACCAGCUUCACCUGGAAUGCUUUUCCAACAGUCUUGAAGGAGUUCUCACAUAUGCUGAGCACUUGUUGGUUGCUUUUCCUUCACUCUGCCGUCCGACUCAUCCCAAACCAUCUUAAUUUGGUUGAGGUCGGGGGAUUGUGGAGGUCAGGUCAUCUGAUGCAGAGCUCCAUCACUCUCCUUCUUGGUCAAAUAGCCCUUACACAGCCUGGAGGUGUGUUGGGUCAUUGUCCUGUUGAACAACAAAUGAUAGUCCCACUAAGCCCAAACCAGAUGGAUGGCGUAUCGCUGCAGAAUGCUGUGGUAACCAUGCUGGUUAAGUGUGCCUUGAAUUCUAAAUAAAUCACAGACAGUGUCACCAGCAAAGCACACCCACACCAUAACACCUCCUCCUCCAUGCUUUACGGUGGAAAAUACAUAUGCGGAGAUCAUCCGUUCACCCACACUGCGUCUCACAAAGACACGGCGGUUGGAACCAAAAAUCUCCAAUAUGGACUCCAGACCAAAGGACACAUUUCCACCGGUCUAAUGUCCAUUGCUCGUGUUUCUUGGCCCAAGCAAGUCUCUUCUUCUUAUUGGUGUCCUUUAGUAGUGGUUUCUUUGCAGCAAUUCGACCGUGAAGGCCUGAUUCACACAGUCUCCUCUGAACAGUUGAUGUUGAGAUGGGUCUGUUAUUUGAACUCUGUGAAGCAUUUAUUUGGGCUGCAAUUUCUGAGGCUGGGAACUCUAAUGAACUUAUCCUCUGCAGCAGAGCUAACUCUGGAUCUUCCAUUCCUGUGGCGGUCCUCAUGAGAGCCAGUUUCAUCAGGGCGCUUGAUGGUUUUUGCGACUGCACUUGAAGAAACUUUCAAAGUUUUUGAAAUCUUCUGUAUUGACUGACCUCCAUGUCUUAAAGUAAUAAUGGAUUGUCGUUUCUCUUUGCUUAUUUGAGCUGUUCUUGCCAUAAUAUGGACUUGGUCUUUUACCAAAUAGGGCUAUCUUCUGUAUACCCCCCUACCAUAUCACAACACAACUGUUUGGCUCAAACGCAUUAAGAAGGAAUGAAAUUCCACAAAUUAACUUUUAAGAAGGCGCACCUGUUCAUUGAAAUGCAUUCCAGGUGACUACCUCAUGAAGCUGGUUGAGGGAAUACCAAGAGUGUGUAAAGCUGUCAUCAACGCAAAGGGUUGGCUAUUUGAAGAAUCUCAAAUAUAAAAUAUAUUUUGAUUUGUUUAACACUUUUUUGGUUACUACAUGAUUCCAUAUGUGUCAUUUCAUAGUGUUGAUGUCUUCACUAUUAUUCUACAAUGUAGAAAAUAGUAAAAAUAUAGAAAAACCCUUGAAUGAGUAGGUGUUCUAAAACUUUUGACCGGUAGUGUAUAUUGUAUGCUUCGCAAAGGGUGCACGCAUAUAUAUAUGUGCAUGUGUAUGUGUGAGAUAGUGAGAGACUGACAGAGUAACACAAUCUCGGACAAAAAAACAACAAAUAAUCUCAGACAAAAAAACAGACUUGUGUCUCAAUUUCUGUAACUUUACUCUGCUCUUCUUUUCACAGCAAAUUGAUUACCUAAUAGCACAAUACGCCACUGCCAAGAACAAAGUCCUUUCUGACUUAGAUAGUAAGUACAGUGCCUGAGGCCACGUCUCCAUAUUGUCUCUGUUCAGUCUAUUGCACAAAACUAUGAAUCUAUGGCCAUAUCAAGUUAACAAUAUCUUCAACAUCAAUUAGAUACAUAACAGAGUUGUAGUCAGUUUCAUUUCAAUUCUGUCAAUUGAGGAAGUCAACUGCAAUUCCAAUUACAGUGGGGGAAAAAAAGUACUGGCUUAAGCAGGGGGACACGUCUGGCACUGCAGGAUUUGAGUCCCUGGCGGCGUAGUGUGUUACUGAUGGUAGGCUUUGUUACUUUGGUCCCAGCUCUCUGCAGGUCAUUCACUAGGUCCCCCCGUGUGGUUCUGGGAUUUUUGCUCACCGUUCUUGUGAUCAUUUUGACCCCACGGGGUGAGAUCUUGCGUGGAGCCCCAGAUCGAGGGAGAUUAUUAGUGGUCUUGUAUGUCUUCCAUUUCCUAAUAAUUGCUCCCACAGUUGAUGUCUUCAAACCAAGCUGCUUACCUAUUGCAGAUUCAGUCUUCCCAGCCUGGUGCAGGUCUACAAUUUUGUUUCUGGUGUCCUUUGACAGCUCUUUGGUCUUGGCCAUAGUGGAGUUUGGAGUGUGACUGUUUGAGGUUGUGGACAGGUGUCUUUUAUACUGAUAACAAGUUCAAACAGGUGCCAUUAAUACAGGUAACGAGUGGAGGACAGAGGAGCCUCUUAAAGAAGUUGUUACAGGUCUGUGAGAGCCAGAAAUCUUGCUUGUUUGUAGGUGACCAAAUACUUAUUUUCCACCAUAAUUUGCAAAUAAAUUCAUUAAAAAUCCUACAAUGUGAUUUUCUGUAUUUAUUUUUCUCCAUUUGUCUGUCAUAGUUGACGUGUACCUAUGAUGAAAAUUACAGGCCUCUCUCAUCUUUUUAAGUGGGAGAACUUGCACAAUUGGUGGCUGACUAAAUACUUUUUUCCCCCACUGUAUUCUCCAUUGCUUUUCUAUGAGAGAAAUGUACUUCCUGAAUUCAAAUGGAAUUGGACCCUAACCAUAAUACAUAAUUAUGCUAUUUCCCCAUCCUCAGAUGUGGGUCCUCUGCUUGGAGGGAAAAUUCAUGAGGAAUUGGGAAAAGAGGUCCGUCCUGCACUGGACGGAGCGCUCAUUAUGGCUGUUGGUACGUCCUGUUCUUAUGAUAUAUAAUUUCCUCUUUCAGACAGAUGCUGUAAUUUGUUUUUAUUCUCUGCCACACUGACAAUGCUGUCCUCAAAUUGGACACAAGUUAUGAGGAUCUUUUAAGAAUACACUGAGUGUACAAAACAUUAUUAUUAUAUGUGUUUUUUGUAUUUAACCUUUAUUUAACCAGGUCAGACACAUUGAGGUUAAAAAGCUCUUUUGCGAGGGCGACCUGCAAGACAAACAGGGAAAUAGCAGCAUGUACAUCAAAUAUUAUAAAAAAAUACAAAUACACACAAGUUGCAGACACUGUACAUUUGAAGAUUAAAAACAACUGCAACUAUCAAAAACAGUGUUGUCGAUCAGAGUCUUAAAAACAGGCAAGGACUAACUACCCUAACUUUAAUAUAUUUUGAAGCAUGCUCCAGGAUGAAGGGGCAUUAUGGGAAAAAGUUAGCUAGUUUUAGGAACAGACAAGGACAGCAGCGACUGUGAACGAAGACUGUAUUGAGUGACUGAUCUGGUCAGUAAGGAACAGAGAUACAAAGGGAGUUGCCCUAUCAAUGCUUUGUAUACAAGGGUGUACCAGUGCUUUAGCCUCCUGGUGGAGAGAGAGGUCCAUUGCACCACAGCAUACAAUUCACAUGGGGUCAACAAUGCAGAUUUUUUUUUAAGUAAGUAAAAAAAUAUUUGCUAAAGAUAAUUUAAAAAAAACUGAAGUAAGAAGAAAAAAUAAGAAAUAAAAAUGAUUGUGUGUGUGCCAGGCAUGGAUUGUGUGUGUGUGGAGGGUGAAUUGGCAAGACAAAAUAUUUAAGUGCACCGGUUUGAGUUUGUUAAGAAAUGCAACGCUGCUAGGUUUUUCACGCUCAACCGUUUCCCGUGUGUAUCAAGAAUGGUCCACCACCCUUAGGGUGGGAAGCAUUGGAGUCAACAUGGGCCAGCGUCCCUGUGGAAUGCUUUCGACACCUUGUAGAGUCCAUGCCCUGAGGAAUUGAGGUUGUUCUGAGGGCAAAAGGGUGUGCAACUCAAUAUUAGGAAGGUGUUCCUAAUGUUUUGUAUACUCAGUGUAUCUACAUAGUAAAGUAGCAUUGUAGUUUUUAUAGAAAGAUCUUGUUACUUAGCUCGUAACAUGGCGUACCACGACUUUAAUGGCUUAAGUAGACCUCCUUUUCUUUCCUUUUUACUUUUUAUCAUAAAGUCAAAGUGGAGAGGGCCAUUAAAGGUAACAGUAAAUGAACCCAGACCUUGUGAUCCUUGACCUUGUGACCUUGAGACCUCACCCUGGUGUCACUCUUGUGAUUGGUUCCCUUGUGGUUUUCCUAGCUCUUGAGCCAAUUGUAGCUUGGUCGAAGAUCUGUUUGUAACAAUGGCGUGACAAUGACCAUAGGAGAUGGCAAGACAGCACAAACAGAUCUGGGACCAGGCUAAAUCGCUAGACAUCCCUGUGUGUGUACAGUACUGUAUAUUUGGAACUGUCCAAACCUUCCUUGCGUGCCAUCUUAAUUAUGAAUCAAAUGAAUAUAUUAAGUGUAUGGCCUUCCAAGUUCCAAUCUUGCUCCAACAGUGGAUUGAACCUGCAACUAUUGUUCAGCUGCAGCUAUUGCUGCCCCUGUGUGAAUGUGUGUGUGUUUUUUUGUGUAUAAUCACGGCCAGGGUAUGGCUGUGCAUGUGUGUGUAUUUGGUUUGUGUGUGCGUGCUUGUGUGUGCAUACAUUGAGUGUUUUUGUGAAUGUACCAUGUGCAUUUGUGUGUGUGUCUAUACUGCACUCUCACACACACUCACCACCUCUCCAUCCUACCCUGUCCCCAUCCCAAGCCAUGCGGGAGACCAAGGAGGCCCUGGAGAACGUGAGUGUGUCUCUGGAGGUUCUUCAGGAGGCGACAUGGAAGCUCCACUUCAACCUGAGCCUGGUGCGCUCCAGCCUCAACAAAACCCUCAACGACCCGGGCUGCAGCGACGAGGACUCGGACGCCACCACCGCCCAACUCUGCCGCUCCAUCCGCAGCUCCCUGGCACAGCUCCACGUCAGCGCCAACUUCACCUGGGUAUGCUGGCACACUUGAUUAAAUAGGAUAAUAAUAGUCAUACUGUAAUACAUGUAUUUAUAUAGCACAAUACUAUUUGCCAUCUGGUCUAUUUAAAAAUGUUUUUUUUUCUCAUUGUAUGGGCUGCGCUGCAUGAGGAAAGUUACGUUGUAAGUGUGUGUUGUCUGUAAUGUGUUGCAGUUACCUGAUGUGAACAAUCAGCUGGAAAGUGUGAAUCAAUUGCUAAAGACAGACCUCAGCAAUAUCAUUCAAAAGGUGAGUCUAGAAAUGUUGCAAAACCUUUAGGUAUAAAUUGGAUGUUGUGAGAUUUUCUUUGAUAUUUGUGAUACUGUAUCAUCAACGCAAACUUGCCUUUCUAUGAAUGUAGGAUAUUAAUGACUCGUUUCUCACAGCAGGAAAAUAAUCCUGCAGCAACAGGAAAUGUAAAGUAUUGUGUGGAUUAUAAUUAAUUGAAAUGUUUUUUUAAACCUUAAAUACACUACAAGUUUGCAUUUUUCAUGCAACAACAGGGUGAUCUAAUUAAGAUCCUACAGCUGUACUUUCUUCUCCAAACAGGGCUACUCCUCAUUCAAUGACACUCCAGGCAUGGUGAGUGACCAGAUGAGGAACGUAGUCGACGGUGAGUGGCAUCUCUUUAACCUCAUUUAAUGCUCCUAAAAAAGUUUCAGAAGACAUUAUAUGUAGGGUUAUAUCAUUUGGAGUGUUCAACUUUGCAUUGCCAAGUCAGUCAUGUUCAGUAUGGUAUGAAUACGCAUUGAAGGUAAUGUCUUAUAAGCCCAAUAAGACCAAUGGCCAUAUUCCAAUGAAUGACCUACACCCGAACUGUCGUACCCCAAUACCCCAAAAUAUACGAUUGUAUUACUCCAUUACUUCACUAAUGCCCCUCCCUCCCUCCCAGGAGCCCGGCGCUUGUUGGACAUCAUGGGCACCAACAUCAGCAGCUUCUCCAAGGUGUUCCCUGUACACAGCACUAUGGCCAACUUCACCAACUUCAUUAGUCACACACACUCCAAGAUAGAAGAUUCCUACCCCGAGAUCGACCAGAUUGACUUCUACAGGUAUAAUCAGGAACUGGGGCCCGAUUCACAAACUGUGUGUACCAAACGGCACCUUAUUCCCUAUAUUGUGUAGUACUUUUGACCAGGGCCCAUGAUGUGCUCAGAGUUCAGAACAAAUAAAGGUCUUCACCUGCCGGGUCUGUGGUAGAUUGACGUAAAGAGAGUAAAAUCUGUUGUUACUGAGUAUCAUCUGGAGUUAUUUCAUCAUUUGAAAGCAGCAGCAGUCACUGUGACAUAAUGUAAUAAUGAAUCAAGAGUUUGUUAGGUCAGUUAUCUUUUAAGUAUACCCUGGACCUGACCACGGGACCUGCAGGCCCCGACAGAGAGCAUUGCAGCGCAGUUGGCAUUUUUCCUGCUGCGGGCGGGAGCGGGCGGUCAGACAUACAACUUUGGGAUGAAAAUAUUUUUGGGUCCUGCAGAUUAUUUCGAAACGGUUGUCUUUUUGUUGUGUAUGCGUUAACUUUUGUAGCCUAUUAAAAGCACCUAUUUGUCGCACUCACAAACUCUCAUAGGCUAAUCUUUGCUGCUUCAAGUUCAGCCUCCCUCUCUUCUCUUUUGUUGGGCGUGCGAAAUCAAAUGUGCCUAUGUGUGGUCUCAAUUAAAUAUAUUAUAUAUAUUAUAUUAUUAUAUAUUAUAUAAAUAUCCUGUAGGCUGCAUGUGCGGAGAAGCACGCCGCAGUUGUAUUUCCAAGGAAAUGUACUUCCUAAUGGUAGGCUAUAGCUCCGACAUCGACUGGAAAUAAAUAGCCUAUUGAUAACACAUUUAUUUGUCUAUGGCUGCAAAUCUGUAUCUAUUGUAGCCUUUUAAAAGCACCUAUUUUUCCGCAAUAUUCACAAACGAAUAGCCUAAUUUUCAGUAGUUCAGUAGCCUACCCCUCUAUUUUGUUGUGCGUGCAAGAUCAACUGCGCCUAGACCUAUGUGUGGUCUCAAUAAAAAACCUGUAGAAGCGCGGGCCACGGGGAAGUUGUCGUUCCAAGGAAAUGACCUUCCUAAAUAUGAUAGGCUGUAGUUUAUGCUCCGACACUGACUGGAAAUAAAUAUUGAUGACACAUUUAUUUGACUCUGUCUGCAAAUCGUCCCGCUCCUAAAGGUUAUGCAAAACGUAGCUUAAGUCCAGUGCACUCCUAUUCUAAUUUCUAACUCCGCUCUCUUUCAAACUACUGUAUGUCUAGCUUAUUGGCUGAUAUAGUCCAAUAAUACCAAUAACGGAAUAUAAUUGGCCACGUUUGAAUCUCUGGUAUUUUAACCUAUUUAUUAGGCUAUUUUUACAUUUUGAUCUUGCUUAAGGUGGCACAUUUGCUGGGGACAGGGCUGCAAAGCAAGCAGCGUCACAUACACCUAAAAUAACAUUGCGGGACUACGGUCGGGUCCAGUUCUUGUGGGAGGGGGUGGGAGUCGGACUAGAAGUUAGCAGGAGCCGGCAGGUGCGGGGGCCAUACGAAAAGCUGCUGGAGCGGGAUGAAGAAAUCAGUCCCGUGUAGACCUCUACCCAGAGACAUAGACAUAGGCUGUAGUCUCCAUCGUUAUCCUAAUGUAGUGGUUUGUUGUUACUUGUUAUAGUGUACUGACUCCAGGGUUCCUCUACAGGUGGAUUUGCUGUAUCGGCCUGUGCUGCAUGGUGGUUCUCAUCCUGGCCUUCAACUUCCUGGCCAUACUGUGUGGCUCCAUAGGAUACGACAAGCACGCCUCCCCCACCACACGGGGCUGUGUCUCCAACACCGGCGGCACCCUGCUCAUGGCGUGAGUAGUAGGCUGGCUGGCAGGCUGGCUGUAUUUCUGGCCAGCUGGCUAUCUGUCUCUCUGGCUGGCUGGUUGGCUGGUUGGCUGGGCGUCUGUCUGUCUGGUUGUCUGUCUGUCUGUUUAUACUUUCUACAGUAUACAGCACUAAGUGUGUGUGUGUGUGUGUGUGUGUGUGUGUGUGUGUGUGUGUGUGUGUGUGUGUGUGUGUGUGUGUGUGUGUGUGUGUGUGUAGAUUGAUUGAAUGCUCUAUCUGUCUAUCUACAGUACCAGUCAAAAGUUUUAGAACACCUACUCAUUCAAUUCAAGGAUUUUUCUUUAUUUUUACAAUUUUUUACAUUGUAGAAUAAUAGUGAAGACAUCAAAACUAUGAAAUAACACUUAUGGAGUUAUGUAGUAACCCAAAAAGUGUUAAACAAAUCAAAAUAUAUUUGAGAUUUGAGAUUCUUCAAAUAGCCACCCUUUGCCUUGAUGACAGCUUUGCACACUCUUGGCAGUCUCUCAACCAGCUUCACCUGUAAUGCUUUUCCGAUAGUCUUGAAGAAGUUCACACAAAUGCUGAGCACUUGUUGGCUGCUUUUCCUUCACUCUGCCGUCCGACUCAUCCCAAACCAUCUCAAUUGGGUUGAGGUCGGGGGAUUGUGGAGGCCAGGUCAUCUGAUGCAGCACUCAAUCACUCUCCUUCUUGGUCAAAUAGCCCUUACACAGCCUGGAGGUAUGUUGGGUCAUUGUCCUGUUGAAAAACAAAUGAUAGUCCCACUAAGCCCAAACCAGAUGGGACGGCGUAUCGCUGCAGAAUGCUGUGGUAGCCAUGCUGGUUAAGUGUGCCUUGAAUUCUAAAUAAAUCACAGACAGUGUCACCAGCAAAGCACCCCAACACCAUAACACCUUCUCCUCCAUGCUUAGUGGUUUCUUUGCAGCAAUUCGACCAUGAAGGCCUGAUUCACACAGUCCCCUCUGAACAAUUGAUGUUGAAAUCUGUCUGUCUUUCUGUCUGUCUGUCUGUCUGUCUGUCUGUCUGUCUGUCUGUCUAUGCGUGUCUCUCCACAGCGGUGUGGGCUUCAGCUUCCUCUUCUCCUGGAUACUGAUGGGAGUGGUGACCGCCACCUUUCUGGUCGGGGGCAACGUGGAGAAGCUGGUCUGCGAGCCCUUCCACACCAAGCAGCUCUUCAAGGCAAGUUAUGAUGUGAUAACUUUUAAUGUGAGACUGUCUAGGUAUUGUGUGUGGUCUUGCUGUAUAAUAAUGGUCUACAACUGAAUGAUGGUCUUACUAGUCAUUUGUGUCCCAGGUUUUGGACACUCCUCACCUGGUGAACCCUGAGUGGAGGAAUUUCAUCCCUGGGUACAUGUACAACGACUCAGACCUGGAUCUCACAGUGGAAAGUCUCUACAGGUAAUACUUUACAGGAUGUAUGUAUGUACCACUUACUGCUGGGGAUUCAUUUGUUUGUUUUAGUGAUGGUUUAUGUUUUACAUAGACCUGCUGGAUAACUAUAUUGAUUACUUAUGAAUAGAACUAGAUGAACACUAGCUAUUUCUGUUUUGUGGUAUUGUUUGAUUGAAAUAAAUGUCACAGGAUAUUACCUGUGUCAAUAUUCUGUCUCCUCACAUUCUCUCUGACAUUGCUUAAUACAUUAUUUAAAAGAUUGAAACUAGGGAGAGGGAUUUAAUGCUUGAGAUUUCUUUUCUGCCUAGAUUUAAUCAACUUUCAUCAUCUCUCGAUUAGAACAGGCAGCAAAUCUGUGUUGUAAGACCAUCACGUUGUAUUCCCUAUUAUAAACCGGGUCAUUUGAGCCCUAGUUGCUGACUGAAAGCCAUGGCAAAUGAGACAUGACGCAAAACUACUUGUUUACUGUUCUAAUUACAUUGGUAACCUGUUUAUAAUAGCAAUAAGGCACCUCAGUGUUUGUGGUAUAUGGCCAAUAUACCCCGGCUAAGGGCUGUAUCCAGGCACUCCACGUUGCAUCGUGCAUUAGAACAGCCCUUAGCCGUGGUAUAUUGGCCAUAUACCACACCCCCUCGAUCCUUAUUGCUUAAAGAUAGUAUAGUUGCCUCAGCUACUCCUGCCUAGUCAACAAGUGACACAUGAGAUAGUGUGUACUGACAUGACCAUAGGAAUUCCUUUACCUUACUUUACUCUUGCAUGUGACACUUGAAUAUGUUCAUGGCAGUUGUCUAACUACAAAUGGGAAACGUCGGUCAUGCUGACUUGAUUUGUUGCUUUGGAAAAGCUCUCUAUGAGUGACUUGUGAGUACACUGCUUAUAAAAUGACUGGAAGGCAGCAAUACAGAGAUAAGGAGAGUGUAUGAGGUUCCAACUUUAUUCACUGGAUGGUGGCAGAGAGAGCAAGCUAACCAAAACAUUUAUGAAUGGACAUGAGAUCAUGCUGAACUCUCUCUCUCUCUGUCCCUCUCUCUCUCUUUUCUCUCUCUCUCUUUUCUCCCUCUCUCCUGUUCUCCUCUCUCAGUAAUUGCAAAGAGAAUAGAGGUAUUUACUCUGCCAUGCGCCUGGACAAAGUCUUCAAUGUCACAACCUUCCUAAACUCUAGCCUGGUCAGUAUUCAGUGUGCACUCACUGUACUGCAUUCUGCAUACCUGUGCAUGAAAGUCACACACUAUAGUCAAACUCACACAUAGUCCGACCUGGGUUAAAUACCAAAUACUUUCUAAUACUUGAGGUGGCGCUUGGUUUAGCUUGCCGGGUACAAUGUAACCAAUGAAAUAGUCCAAAUGAAAAGCGCAAACUCCGCCCACCCUGCACACUGAGGCCUGAAGAGUUGUGUCAGCUCACUGAGUGAAUUCAAUGCCUAGGAUUUAACUCAUCAGGCGAACACAGUCUUGUGGUGUGCAGCAGACCCAGGUGAUUACAUACAGGCUAGCACUCUCUAUUUGCUAAUGGUGAUUAAUUAACAUGAGCUAAAUGAGUUAUCCUUGCCAAAACAUAGAGCAGGCUAGUGAGCUGUAGCAUUAGCAUUCCUUCACCAUUACCUCAGCUUGUAUCAUUGGACUUCCUUGACUUAAUUCCAGUCCUGUCUAGUGUCAACCAAGCGGACCAUUCUGUAUGAGUCAGCCAGCUGGCAAGAUUAUCUUGCUUCUGUUAUUGUAAGGAAUAGCAAAUUGCAUGGAUAGAGCUGGCUAGUGUAUCCUAAGUUAUAGUACAGUAUAGUUCUCCCUAUGUUCAUUUUGGUGUCUUUUUUAAUACUGAUUUCACUUGCUCAUUUUUACAUAGAGCACAUUCAAAUAUACUCAUGUAUUUUUUGGUCCCAUUAUACCAGUUUAAAAAACAAAAUGAAAAGAAAACCGUCCUAAUCUGUACUUUGUAUCAAUGAAUGGGGUUGCCUAGGAAGACCCUCUGCGAAUUAAGAAUUUGAAUGGGGCUCAAUGUAAAGUUGAUGUUGCCAGAGUAACCGAGUCCUUUACCCAGGAUCUAUGGUAUCCCCCAACACACACAAAUCAAAAACAAAGGGGUUUGCGUAACACUGGCUGGUCUAACGUGUAAACAAGUUUGUUUUUAUCACCAUUUUGUUCUAGGCUUGUCUCUAAAAUAGAAUUCUAUUUCUAUUUAUAUGGUCUUGACCUUCGCGGUACCAGACCUCAACACCAUCUUAGAACCGCUGGAGUCGAGGCUACUAAAAUAGUGAUGGAAAACAAACCAUUUACACACAUGCACGAGUUGUAGCAUGUCAAGUUUUGGUAUUGCAACAUCCAUAUGCAAUGAAAAUUGGCGUAAAAAAAACAGACUAGCACCUGCUUCAUAACACAUUUGUAACCAAUACAUACUGCAUUCAUAGCUAUUGUUUAUCCUGCUUGUAAACUGACUGUUCUCCCUCUCUGUUUCCAGGACACCAAGGAGAUGGGGAAGAUGUUUAACAAUGUGAAGAUUGACCUGAGAGCUAUCAUCCUGCUGGAGUCUGAGGGGAAGCAGAACCUCAUUGGCUUCUCUGAGACGGGCGUCGCCGAGAUCAACUACGUUGCCUAUCUAGAGGAGGUAUUAGACUGGCAUUGAGGGGGGCAUCUCAAUCUAAAAAGAGUUUCUCCCCUGGUCUCCUAUCGUUCAUUUCUAUAGUUUAAUGUGGUGUCCUCCACUUGUCUUCUCUCCUUUUAUCUCAAAAGUCUAGUGUCCUCCUCUCUUUCGUCUUAAUAGUGAGUGGUGUUGUGGUGUUGGAGGGCCAGGGAGGGGGCACUCUUCCCUCUGGUCUAAGGAGAUCCCAAUGCCCCAGGCCAGUGAAGGGGACAUUGCCCUGCGUAAGGUGCCAUCUUUCGGGUGGGACUUUAAACGUGUGUCCUGACUCUCUGUGGUCACUAAAGAUCCCAUGGCACUUAUCGUGUUCUGGCUAAAUUCCCAAUCUGGCCCUCAUACCAUUAUGGCCACCUAAUCAUCCCUAGCUUCUAAUUAGCUCACCCCUCUCCUCCCCACUGUUACUCUUCCCCAGGUCGUUGCUGUAAAAUAUCAUAUGUUCUCAGUCAACUUAUCUGGUAAAUAAGGGUAAUAUAUAAAUAAUAGUCUACUUUGGCUUCCUCUCCUCAUCUCUUCUCCUCCUUGUCUCCUCUCCUUCAUCUCAAGCCACUGUAGACUUUUCAGAUAUACCUUCAAGAGACACACUAGCAUACUCGUACAACACACAACUCAACCUAAAGAUCGUUAUCAUUUCAGAUGCGAACCUGCUUGAAAGCAUCCUACAUUAGUGACUUAUCUUGGCAAGAAAGCUCCUGAAUGCAAGAAAAAUGUAUUAAAUAUUAACCAGGGUAGGUAUUACAGAAACAUCCUAACUUAACUGUCAAAUCAUAUGAUGGGAUACCAGAAUGGAUUUAGGAUUUGCUUCUGUAAUGGAAACUUACUUUUGAAAUAUGAAGGGAAUGACAGGAUUUUGUUCUGUAAUACGCCCCUGACUUUGACAAAUGCAAAUAGUAUGAUGAAAUGCGAGGACACCAGCAAGAUGGUUGAAAAGUCUGAUGUACUCAUUUACAAUCUGCCUCUGUGGUUAUACUGUAUAACUGCUCCAUUCACUGUCAUACUACAGACAGCCCUUCUUGGCUGUACAGUACCAAGACACUAUAUAUGCACAUACAGAUGUAGGAUAUUUUACCAGGGAGGGGGCGGCAGCUGGGGUCUUCCUGGGGUCUUGCUUGGGCAUACAGCUAUACAUCUAUUAAUAGAGUUGGCUACACUUCCAGAAUUACAAGCUAGGUAAUCAUUUUUUAAAAAAAUUGCGUUGGGGCAACGAUUUAACAGCGGUCAUGCUCUACUGCUAAGUUAAUAUAGUGGAAACACUACUCUUGCCAAAAUCACAGGGUGCCAUAAGCUAUAGACUUGGCAGUUUUCCACUACAGUCUUCAGACUCUAUUUAUACUGAACAAAAAUAUAAACGCAACAUGUAACAAUUUCAAUGAUUUUACUGAGUUACAGUUCAUGUAAGGAAAUCAGUUAAUUGAAAUACAUUAAUUAGGCCUUAAUCUAUGGAUUUCACAUGACUGGGAAUACAGAUAUGCAUCUGUUGGUCACAGAUACAUGUACCUUAAAAAAAAGGUAGGGCCGUGGAUCAGAAAACCAGUCAGUAUCUGGUGUGACCACCAUUUGCCUCAUGCAGCGCGACACAUCUCCUUUGCAUAGAGUUGAUCAGGCUGUUGAUUGUGGCCUGUGGAAUGUUGUCCCACUCCUCUUCAAUGGCUGUUGCGAAGUUGCUGGAUAUUGGCAGGAACUGGAACACGCUGUCGUACACAUCGAUCCAGAGCAUCCCAAACAAGCUCAAUGGGUGACAUGACUGGUGAGUAUGCAGGCCAUGGAAGAACUGGGACAUUUUCAGCUUCCAGGAAUUGUGUACAGAUCCUUGCGACAAGGGGCGAUGCAUUAUCAUGCUGAAUCAUAAGGUGAUGGCGGCGGAUGAAUGGCACGACAAUGGGCCUCAGGAUCUCGUCACGGUAUCUCUGUGCAUUCAAAUUGCCAUCGCUAAAAUGCAAUUGUGUUCUUUGUCCGUAGCUUCUGCCUGCCCAUACCAUAACCCCACCGCCACCAUGGGGCACUCUGUUUACAACGUUGACAUCAGCAAACCACUUGCCCACACAACGCCAUACACGUGGUCUGCGGUUGUGAAGCCGGUUGGACAUACUGCCAAAUUCUCUAAAAUGACGUUGGAGGCGGCUUAUGGUAGAGGAAUGAACUUAAAAUGAUCUGGAAACAGCUCUGGUGGACAUUCCUGCAGUCAGCACGCCAAUUGCACGCUCCCUCAAAACUUGAGACAUCUGUGGCAUUGUGUUGUUUAACAAAACUGCACAUUUUAGAGUGGCCUUUUAUUGUUCCCAGCACAAGGUGCACCUGUGUAAUUAUCAUGCGGUUUAAUAAGCUUUUUGAUAUGCCACACCUGUCAGGUGGAUGGAUUGUCUUGGCAAAGGACAAAAUGCUCACUAACAGGGAUGUAAACAAAUUUGUGCUCAAAACUUUUUGUGCGUAUGGAACAUUUCUGGGUUAUUUUAUUUCAGAUCAUGAAACUUGGGACCAACACUUUACAUGUUGCGAUUAUAUUUUUGUUCAGUAUAUGUCUUCUCUAUCAGAAUCUGUUGAAUAAUCUGUUGAAUUCGGGAGAACAUUAAGUUACUAAGGAACACUGUCGUCUUAUGGCCUCUUACUGCAGCAUGUGUAACUCUUUACUUAAAACCGACAGCUAUAAUGCUUUAUGACUUGUUAUAAGCGUGUAUGAGCCUUUAUAGUGUGUUAUUAUAUGGCUUGUAACAUGUUAUGUAUCUCUAUGUUGCACAUUUGCACAACUGACUAUAUGGCCGUUAUGCAAUUACAAGAUGAGAAGACAUUAUAUUAUGAGAAGUGUUAUUAUGCAUAAUAACUGCAUCAUAAUAUAUUAUAAUCCUAUUUCUGUUCAUUUGCAGGUUAACAAAGGGGUGACUCAGGUGGACUUACUGUCGUACGCCAAUGAGCUCGAGGCACAAACAGACCUUAUGGUGAGAAGAACAUACGACCAACCGCCCAAAACCAACACGGCUCCAACCAUCCACACAAUGUUUUCUCAGUGUACCAGUUGCAAGGCACUUAAUUUGAUUUACACCAAGAUCCAAGACAGGGAUCGAAUGGAAUGGGAGUUCAGAUAUAAAACUGUGAAAGCUCCAUGUGUCUUUAUCAACUGCAUAGCCUCGCGGAGGUUUGCUGUCGACAAACACACACACACACACUGAAGCAGUCUGUGGAAGCGCUUUUGAAUGUUCUGCCUUGCCUUUGGGGGGUUGGAGGCUCACACAAGCUCCCCAUUCAUGGCCCAAAAUGUUGCUGUGUCCAACUCUGGGUCCGCCUACGCCUGCCAUGUGCUCGGGGGCAAUGGAGCUAGUUUAAAGUGGUCUUCUGUGGGGUGAUAUGUGCCCCUGCCUGUGCCCCUUAGUAUUCAUUUGGUGCCCAUCUGUCCUGGUACCCCAUGUCCUGUUGGCAUAGAAAACACACACACGCUGUACACUGAGAAUGGUUCAUCCAUAGAGAUCCUAUAAAUUACUUGAUUCUAUAUGUAAUUCUAUGGGUUCACUAUGUAGUUUUUAUGCUGCAUUACAUCAAUUGAUUAAGGCAGUCUCUUAUACUAAGUGGGUCUGUGUAGGUCUGUGUACUGUAGAGUUUUGCACAGAUUGCAUAUUGCUCCUAAUAUUUAUAAAUCUAUGCAUACAUGAAUGUAUGUAUGUAGGACUAGUUAACAACAGAUUAUUUGAACGAUAACAUCUGUGUGUGCGUGCGUGCGUAUGUGUUUGUUUAUCUGAACCUGUUUAUAUAUGUGUGUGUGGUUAGAGCAUUGGGACAGUAUCUGAAAGGUUACUGGUUCGAAUCCUGGAGCCAACAAGGUGAAAAAUCUGUUGCUGUGCCCUUGAGCAUGGUACUUAUCUCCAAUUGCUCCAGGGGUGCUGGACAAUGGUGACCGAACCAGAUACUAUUACUAUUACCUCUUUGAAUGUGUUUAUGUGUGUCUACUCUGAACUUCUGUCUCUGUGUGUGUCCACAGCCCAAGGGGCCCCUCCAGACCUCUCUAAAGGGCCACGCCAACAGUCUCCGGCAGAUCCACAGUCAGCAGGUCAUCCCUAUGGAGCAGGCCAUGGUAAUCAACUAUCUAUCUUAAAUCAUUGUUUUUUUAGAUUAACAUCCAUGUCUGGGCCCAUCAGUGCUCGGCUUCACUAGACUGGCAGAAAUGGCCAUUGCCCGUAAUCAUGCUCUACCCUCUUUGAAAAAAAGGUGCUAUAUUUACAUUUACGUCAUUUAGCAGACGCUCUUAUCCAGAGCAAUUAGGGUUAAGUGCCUUGCUCAAGGGCACAUCGACAGAAUUUUUUCACCUAGUCGGCUCGGGGAUUAGAACCAGCGACCUUUCGGUUACUGGCACAACGCUCUUACCCACUAAGCUACCUGCCGCCCCAUAUCUAUAUCUAGAACCUAAUAGGUUUCUUCGGCUGUCCUCAUAGGAGAACCCUUUGAAGAACCCACACGCGCACACACAUACAGUACACUUAGAAAAAAGGGUUCUAAAAUGGUUAUUUGACUGUCCCCAUAGAAUAACCCUUUUUGGUUCCAGGUAGAACCCUUUGUGGAAAGGAUUCUACAUGGAACCCAAAAGAGUUAUUCUAUGGGGACAGCCAAAGAACCAUUUUAGAACCCUUUUUUCUAAGUGUACUGUAUGUGCACACGCGUGUACAUACAUGCUUGUGUGUGUGUGUGCGCGUGUGUGUGUGUGUAUGUUCUCAGAAUGCUACAUGCAGGAGGAAUUUGACAUCCUCAUUGCCAGACGUCGAUACAACCUCAGUAGAGCUUUCAUCUCUCCAACGUCUGUAUUGACUGUAUCACUGAAAUUCUAUAGAAUAUAGAGCUAGAGAGACACAUAGGUAUUAUUGACCUAGAAGAAUCAGACCCGGGUCAAACACAUAGGUCAGAUACUUUCAAGUAGUUGAAAAUGUGUGCGGUGCGCUUGAUUUAUUUGUACACUUUUGGGAGUACAGUAGUUGAAUGUUACAUUCACAUGGGCAAAUCAAUAAUAUAUUUUGCUACACCUCACACCCGUAUUUGACUUUUUAAAAGGCCUCAACAUAUGUUAAAAGGACCCAACAACAUAUACUUACAUGACAUCACAGUAGCCCACAUAUAAUGUGUUUUUCCCAGAAUACGAUAAUAUCCCCAUUAAUAGUCAGAGUACUUCUAAGUAAUUCCACAAACUGCAAUCUUGUUACCAAGAAAUGCUGAGUUUUAGAGGUCUGUCUUAUCUUUUAUUUUUAUAUUUACCCUUUAACUCUUUCUACUUCAAUUAAUGGCUGCCAAGAAAUAUGUUAGAGCGAGGGUAAGCAUGAGUCUCCACAAUGGACCUGUGUUCGUCUUGUAAUGUUGAGGGUGAUGCUCCCUUCUCCCAUCCUUUCAAGCCCAUAUUGACGUUUUAUUUUUAAAUGAUAUGCCUUGCUCAUAUCGAUAUCAGUACAUAUCGAUAUCAUAUCAAAUUAUUGAUAUCAUAUUGAAUUAUUGAUACUGGUGCCCACCACUAGUUAUAAGUGAGUUGUACAUGUUCCUUGUACCUCAAAUCCAAGGGGCUUUCCCUGGCAUGCCCUGACCACUACCAUGAACUUUCAUUCUCUUUCAGGUCAGGGUAGUUAGUAAAUCAUGCUGAUUCAGACCUGUAUGACAUGAUUGAUUUUGCAUGAGCAAGAUUGGGUCCGUUACAUGCCUUGUAAAAGAUACAGUGGCUUGCAAAAGUAUUCACCCCCCUUGGCAUUUUUCCUAUUUUGUUGCCUUACAACCUGGAAUUAAAAUAGAUUUUUGGGGGGGUUUGUAUUAUUUGAUUUACACAACAUGCCUACCACUUUGAAGAUGCAAAAUAUUUUUUUUUGUGAAACAAACAAGAAAUAAGACAAAUAAAAACAGAAAACUUGAGCGUGCAUAACUAUUCACCCCCCCAAAGUCAAUACUUUGUAGAGCCACCUUUUGCAGCAAUUACAGCUGCAAGUCUCUUGGGGAAUGUCUCUAUAAACGUGGCACAUCUAGCCACUGGGAUUUUUGCCCAUUCUUCAAGACAAAACUGCUCCAGCUCCUUCAAGUUGGAUGGGUUCCGCUGGUGUACAGCAAUCUUUAAGUCAUACCACAGAUUAUUAAUUGGAUUGAGGUCUGGGCUUUAACUAGGCCAUUCCAAGACAUUUAAAUGUUUCCCCUUAAACCACUAGAGUGUUGCUUUAGCAGUAUGCUUAGGGUCAUUAUCCUGCUGGAAGGUGAACCUCCGUCCCACUCUCAAAUCUCUGGAAGACUGAAACAGGUUUCCCUCAAGAAUUUCCCUGUAUUUCGCGCCAUUCAUCAUUCCUUCAAUUCUGACCAGUUUCCCAGUCCCUAUCGAUGAAAAACAUCCCCACAGCAUGAUGCUGCCACCACCAUGCUUCACUGUGGGGAUGGUGUUCUCGGGGUGAUGAGAGGUGUUGGGUUUGCGCUAGACAUAGCGUUUUCCUUGAUGGCCAAAAAGCUCAAUUUUAGUCUAAUCUGACCAGAGUACCUUCUUCCAUAUGUUUGGGGAGUCUCCCACAUGCCUUUUGGCGAACACCAAACGUGUUUGCUUAUUUUUUUCUUUAAUCAAUGGCUUUUUUCUGGCCACUCUUCCGUAAAGCCCAGCUCUGUGGAGUGUAUGGCUUAAAGUGGUCCUAUGGACAGAUACUCCAAUCUCCGCUGUGGAGCUUUGCAGCUCCUUCAGGGUUAUCUUUGGUCUCUUUGUUGCCUCUCUAAUUAAUGCCCUCCUUGCCUGGUCCGUGAGUGUUGGUGGGCGGCCCUCUCUUGGCAGGUUUGUUGUGGUGCCAUAUUUCAAUUUUUUAAUAAUGGAUUUAAUGGUGCUGCUCCGUAGGAUGUUCAAAGUUUCAGAUAUUUUUUUAUAACCCAACCCUGAGCUGUACUUCUCCACAACUUUGUCCCUGACCUAUUUGGAGAGCUCCUUGGUCUUCAUGGUGCCGCUUGCUUGGUGGUGCCCCUUGUUUAGUGGUGUUGCAGACUCUGGGGCCUUUCAAAACAGGUGUAUAUAUACUGAGAUCAUGUGACAGAUCAUGUGACACUUAUAUUGCUCACAGGUGGACUUUAUUUAACUAAUUAUGUGACUUCUGAAGGUAAUUGGUUGCACCAGAUCUUAUUUAGGGGCUUCAUAGCAAAGGGGGUGAAUACAUAUGCACGCACCACUUUUCCGUUAUUUAUUUUUUAGAAUUUUUUGAAACAAGUAAUUUUUUUCAUUUCACUUCACCAAUUUUGACUAUUUUGUGUAUGUCCAUUACAUGAAAUCCAAAUAAAAAUCCAUUUAAAUUACAGGUUGUAAUGCAACAAAAUAGGAAAAACGGCAAGGGGGAUGAAUACUUUUGCAAGACACUGUAAAUCAGUCUUUAGGAUCUGUAGAUUAGUCUGUGUGUAAUUGUUAAUCCUGUAAUUAUUCUUCAAUAAUCUGGUGCAUGUGCUGACUAAUUACCAUUUACAUACUGUAUACUGGGACCAGCAUGGAGUUUGUCACUUUUUACGUGUUCCACGUACAGUAUCAGGCAUCACGAAUGGUCUUCACGUGUUCAAAUCGAAUAGAUUUUUUUAAAUUACGAAUUCAUGUGAAAGCGCUUUAAUUGUGGUUUUGACAUAUUUUGCAGCACAUUUCUCACGACCAAAAUCCACAUGAAAUGGCUUUGUUGUUGUGUUGUUGGAGUAUCCUCCCAGUGGGAACCAUGCUGCUCUUCUUUCCCCCCCCAUGUGUGUGGUAACAGCAGAACCGUAUUGUCAAGCAUCAUGGUGAUGCUUGUGCCUGUCUCGUCUCCCCUGUGUUUCAGUGGCGUGUGUUUUAGGCCUUAUUAAUGUCUCUAAACCCUGACCUUUAAACGUCUGGGGUGUUGACAUGUGUUGUGCAUUUACCCUUUAAAGAGUAUGCUGAACCAGAGCAUCAGACUACUCGAGAGGACGGCCUCAGACCUGCCGGUAAGUAGGCCUCCUACAAACCAUGUACCCCAACAGUUCACACUGACUCAAUCAACAUCAAGCAUUCGUAAUACAUCCAUAAACACUGAAUAAAGACUCCGUAACAGCUCCAUAGACUGUUUUGAAAGCUUCUUGAGCAUUAUUCUGCUCUGUUCUGUCCAGAACAAAGUCACUGAUGUGCUGGCGACCAUCGAAGCAGCCCAGUAUCUAAUCUCCCAGAAUGCAACACAAGUCGUCAACCAGGUGAUUACUAUGGCGUCCCAGUAAUUGUUCACAUUUCAAUGCUAUGAUAAAACUCAGUAGCUAACAUAUUAUUCCUCUCUCCAUUAGGAAACGGAAAAGUACAAGCAAACCAUUGUUGGUUACUUCAGGCAAUACAUAGAGUGGGUCAGGACUUCUGUAAGUAUUUGUGUCCCAACAGUUUGUUAAUGCCUUGGUUUUCCCCCCCUGUAGCAUAAGAAGGAAAUGAGAUGUAGCAUAAAUAUUGUGUCUUUUGCUCGUAAAUUACAGUUUUACUAUUUGAACAGAAUGCUUUUCACAACUUAAUUGAAUUCUGCCAAAAGUUACAGCGCUGCUGACUUGUUUGCAAUCAACUUAGUCAUCAAUUGUGAAUCGUCCAAGUGUAAAGCUAUAACGUCCCAUUAUUUUCCAGAAAUUCCAACCAACAACUUUCAUAAUUGUUUGCCAAUGGUAUAACUGUAACAUAUGCUCUUUGUUUGCAUGGUUUACCCAGCUGACCAUGGAGGUAGCGGCCUGCAAACCCUUCAGUAACAUCGUGGACACAGUGGAGAUCAUAGCCUGCAGCUUCUUGGUUGACUCAUUGGUAACUAAAAACGCAAUAUAAGGGCUCCUUUGAAAACAUGCCUGAAACGCCUGUUUGGCCGUUGGAGUGCAGACAGGAAGGCAGGCAGGUAGGGCCUAGCUUGAAAGGGGUGAGGGGGGUUGGAGGUUGGUCUCUGGAGAAGGUUCACAUGUCAUUGUACCAGUACAGUAUGUUCACACAGCCAUAUGCUGCGCUCUGCUAAAAUAUGUGAUGUGUGGGGGCACACACGGUACAUUCUACCGGCAUGGGUCCACACAGCUCCCUCAGUGUUCUCCUCCAAAACCCCCUAGCCCCCCAGACGCAGAAGACAAGGCCGGUUCUUUCUGAGGGCCCAGGUUUUAGCGGAUGCUAAUGGCUUGAUAUAAUGAAGGCUCAGGCAAGGUACAGGGUCUAUGUGUGUGUAAGGUGAAGGGUCUGCAGUGGAGAUGGGUGGGGGUAGGGAGUUUGGGGGUAAGGGGGGUGCCAUGACCCUCAACAGAGCUCCAUCAGACAAAUGAGGCCCUCUCUACCCCCAGAUCACCCCAUCACCCCCCUCCAAUCACACACACAGACACCUCACCCCCAACCUCCCCUGAUUUAGAACGUACAAGUCAGGCCCUGGAAUCCAGCACAUGAUCAGUGAGAGGUAGUUAGACCUGGCAGUGGGGCACCCUACAGAGUGCUGCAGAGACGAAGAGACGAGAAGGAAAUGAAAGCCAGCCUUACAUAAUCCCGACAUCUGUCCAGUCGGCAUGGGGCCUUGUUACCAACACGCUCCCAAUGUCAGGAAGCAUCUCUAUGAAAUGGAACAAAUAGCCCCCCCGCCCGCCACUUAGAGCCCCCAUAGGUUCCAGCGCCAGCUAAUUGACUUGGACUGUUAACAGGAUGUUUCUGGACAUACCGUACGGACCAAAGCGCUUGUUAAAGCUCGAUGGGUAAUUUUACUAGUGUCCCGGAGCAACAGAGCAAAGGUGCAGCAACACAGGAAAGAACCUGUAAGUGCUCCAAUACUGCUUCUAGUCUUUCCACUAUACAAUAGCUACACACAACUGGGUUUCCACACUGAAAGUUGAAACAGUAGAGAAGCGUCAACAGCACAGUGUGUCUGGCAGGGAUGGGGAAAUGGAGCUACAUACCUAACAUGGUGACAGAGUAAAGAUGUGACACUUUGACUAUCAGUGUUAUUGGAGGGGAGCCAAAAUGAAUCAUGACAGUGUUCAUUCUCGUAAGCAGACUAUGGUGCUGUUACGGGCUGUUAUGUCAUGGCAAUGAUUACUUCAUAUCAGAGCAUGUGAGCAGAGUUGAGCUGUUGGAAAUCCCGCUCAUCGCUCACCGCUGCGGCGCUCCAUGUGCUCUCCAACCACUCCGCUAAAAACCACUCUGCGCUCACAGGGAAAAAAAAUGACGCUCCAAAUUCGCUCCAUUCGUUAAAAUCACAAUUUAACCAACACCCAUCUAUUUUUGUGACUACCUGGACCUACCAAUUGUUUUUUAAGUGUUGAAACCAAACCAUAUGGAUUUGAAUGAAUAAACCUGAAAAGGUGAAUGUAAGAAGCAAACGUCAUUUCAAAUAAGCUACAUGUCAUACUAAACACUGUAAAUAGGUCAGGAGCCAGACAGUGAGCCUAAGAAGGAACGGAAAUGAAGUAUUUAGGCUAUUUUAUUUCAAUUAUUUCAAGGCUAUAGCCUACAAAUAAAUACAUUGUGAAUCAUUUGCGAGUGCGACACAAGAGGCUGGUAGGGACAAAAAGCACUCAGCAUUUAAACAACAUUUCGUUGUAAUAAAUCAUUAUAGUCUAUAAAUUGUGCAUAUGCAGUGGCUUGCGAAAGUAUUCACCCCCUUGGCAUUUUUCCUAUUUUGUUGCCUUACAACCUGGAAUUAAAAUGGAUUUUUUUGGGGUUUGUAUCAUUUGAUUUACACAACAUGCCUACCACUUUGAAGAUGCAAAAUGUUUUUUAUUGUGAAGCAAAGAUGUAAGACAAGAAAACAGAAAACUUGAGCAUGCAUAACUAUUCACCCCCCACCCCCCAAAGUCAAUACUUUGUAGAGCCACCUUUUGCAGCAAUCACAGCUGCAAGUCUCUUGGGGUAUGUCUCUAUAAGCUUGGCACAUCUAGUCACUGGGAUUUUUGCCCAUUCUUCAUGGCAAAACUGCUCCAGCUCCUUCAAGUUGGAUGGGUUCCACUGGUGUACAGCAAUCUUUAAGUCAUACCACAGAUUUUCAAUUGGAUUGAGGUCUGGGCUUUGACUAGGCCAUUCCAAGACAUUUAAAUGUGAUGGCCAAAAAGCUCAAUUUUAGUCUCAUCUGACCAGAGUACCUUCUUCCAUAUGUUUGGGGAGUCUCCCACAUGCCUUUUGGCGAACACCAAACGUGUUUGAUUAUUUUUUUCUUUAAGCAAUGGCUUUUUUCUGGCCACUCUUCCGUAAAGCCCAGCUCUGUGGAGUGUACGGCUUAAAGUGGUCCUAUGGACAGAUACUCCAAUCUCCGCUGUGGAGCUUUGCAGCUCCUUCAGGGUUAUCUUUGGUCUCUUUGUUGCCUCUCUGAUUAAUGCCCUCCUUGCCUGGUCCGUGAGUGUUGGUGGGCGGCCCUCUCUUGGCAGGUUUGUUGUGGUGCCAUAUUCUUUAAAAAAUGUUAUAAUGUAUUUAAUGGUGCUCCGUAGGAUGUUCAAAGUUUCAGAUUUUUUUUUAUAACCCAACCCUGAGCUGUACUUCUCCACAACUUUGUCCCUGACCUAUUUGGAGAGCUCCUUGGUCUUCAUGGUGCCGCUUGCUUAGUGGUGCCCCUUGUUUAGUGGUGUUGCAGACUCUGGGGCCUUUCAAAACAGGUGUAUACAUACUGAGAUCAUGUGACAGAUCAUGUGACACUUAGAUUGCUCACAGGUGGACUUUAUUUAACUAAUUAUGUGACUUCUGAAGGUAAUUGGUUGCACCAGAUCUUAUUUAGGGGCUUCAUAGCAAAGGGGGUGAAUACAAAUGCACGCACCACUUUUCAGUUAUUUAUUUUUUAGAAUUUUUUGAAACAAGUUAUUUUUUUAAUUUCACUUCACCAAUUUGGACUAUUUUGUCUAUUACAUGAAAUCCAAAUAAAAAUCCAUUUAAAUUACAGGUAGUAAUGCAACAAGAUAGGAAAAACGCCAAGGGGGAUGAAUACUUUUGCAAGGCACUGUAGCGUUUUCCUUGAUGGCCAUAAAGCUCGAUUUUAGUCUAAUCUGACCAGAAUACCUUCUUCCAUAUGUUUGGGGAGUCUCUUUUGCAAGGCACUGUAAGCUGUGACUUACUUAGAAUUAAAUACAAACUAAACGAAAAAUGACUUUUGGUGCCUUUGAAUACAUUUUUUGAAUUCAUUUUUAGAAACAUGAGUUUGGCCAGUCUGUGGCUUCAGGCUCACGCGAUGGUGCCUGGAGAGCAGGCCAGCAGUGGAGAAUAUCCUCUCCACACUUGCAGAGCCACUGGGGAUGCUAAACACCCUUUUGGCCACUCUUGCCAGGCUGGACAGAGAUGCUGAGUUGUUCUUUUUAAUAUGUCUAUAGGCCUAAAGGUUUUUAGGAAAAUAACCCAAUCAAAACGUAGCAUGCUUUUGGGAUACCUGUCUUUUCAGAUUCCACAAUAAUUUUUUUGUUGUGGACACUGCAUCACUGCACUCCCUCUCUUGAUCUUGGUCCUCAUCUUUGUAAGUCACCUUGAUUUAGCACCUUAUUAGUUUCUUUAUGAAAAUAUUUAGUGAACUCCAUGACCGUAGCUAAAGCAAGGGGCUAUAGCUAGCAGCACACAAGUAGACUACAAAUGCAUGCUGGGCCGGGCAUGCCUUAAGCUCGUGAAGUGAGUGCUACUGGAGCGAAAUUGGAGCGGGCGAGAAGGCCGGCGCUCCUACCUUUGGGAAUCUCGCUCCACGCUCCAGUCAAAUUGGGCACGCUCCAGCUCCGCUCCACUCACAUACUCUGCUUCAUGUAGACUGUAUGACUCAGUGUUUUCCACCUUCAGAGUUUGGUAAACUGUGCUGGCCCCUCUGCAAAAACAUGCACAGUCACAAACAGGUACACCCACUUUGCAGGACUUGGUGUCCAAAAUGAUGGAAAGUCCUCUACGAAACACGGUUGACAGUGCAGAGAAGUGUAGCCAGUUUACGGUGCUAUACUUCAUACCUCAGACUCCAGUGUUGAAAAUCUUCCCAAUAAUGAAAUAUUAAAUUAUAUAUUAUGCUCCAUGGCUAUAUUUAGUCAUAAAACCAUACAUAUAUUUAUCAUGUAAACAUUUUAUAUAUAUACACUACCGGUCAAAAGUUUUAGAACACCUACUCAUUCAAGUGUUUUUCUUUAUUUGUACUAUUUUCUACAUUGUAGAAUAAUAGUGAAGACAUUGAAACUAUGAAAUAACACAUAUGGAAUCAUGUAGUAACCAAAAAAGUGUUAAACAAAUCAAAAUACAUUUUAUAUUUUAUAUUCUUCAAAUAGCCACCCUUUGCCUUGAUGACAGCUUUGCACACUCUUGGCAUUCUCUCAACCAACUUCAUGAGGUAGUCACCUGGAAUGCAUUUCAACUAACAGGUGUGCCUUCUUAAAAGUUAAUUUGUGGAAUUUAUUUCCUUCUUAAUGCGUUUGAGCCAAUCAAUUGUGUUUUGACAAGGUAGUGGGGUAUACAGGAGAUAGCCCUAAUUGGUAAAAGACCAAGUCCAUAUUAUGGCAAGAACAUCUCAAAUAGCAAAGAGAAACGACAGUCCAUCAUUACUUUAAGUCAAUUGUCACGCCCUGGCUCUGGGGACUCUAGUAUGUUGAGCCAGGGUGUGAGUUUUCAUUUGUUUUUGUUCUAGUUUUGUAUUUCUAUGUUGGCCAGUGUGGUUCUCAAUCAGAGGCAACGUGUAUCAGCUGUUGCUUGUUGUCUCUGAUUGGGAACCAUACUUAAGCAGCCAGUUUUCCCACAGUGUUUGUGGGAUCUUGUUCCAGUGUGGUUUGUGUUAGACCGAGGACGUCACGUUAUCGUUUGUUGUUUUUGUUCGUGUUAUCAUUAUUUAAUAAAUAUGUUCACCUUUCACGCUGCGCCUUGGUCCUCUGUACCCGACGAUCGUGACAGAAGAUCCCACCAACACUGGACCAAGCAGCGUGUCCAGGAGCCAGCGCCAGAGGUAUCGCUAAAGGACAUCAACCUCGGCUGGGCCUGGCCCACGGGGAGGAGAGACCCCCAGAAAUGUUUUAGGGGGGGGCUCACGCCGUGGACGACGGGGCAGCAGGAGGCCGCGAUAGAGCGGUCCAGCGGGUUUGCAGAGGAGGCCGCCAGGUUAAGGGGGCCACUGGUCACAGAGGAGAGGGAAAGUGUAGAGGCAUGGCGAGAGGUACUGGGGUGUGUUACCAGUCCGGUCCGGCCCGUUCCUGAUCCCUGCGUAGGGCCAGUGGUGUGUGUCCCCAGUACGGUCCGGCCUGUUCCUGUUCCUCGCAUCGAGCCUGUGGUGCGCGUCGUCAGCCCGGCCCGGCCUGUUCCUGCUCCACGCACCAAGCCUAUGGUGCGCAUCGUCAGCCCGGCCCGGCCUGUUCCUGCUCCACGCACCAAGCCUAUGGUGCGCAUCGUCAGCCCGGCCCGGCCUGUUCCUGCUCCACGCACCAAGCCUAUGGUGCGCAUCGUCAGCCCGGUUCGGCCUGUUCCUGCUCCCCACACCAAGCCAGUGGUGUGCGUCGUCAGUCCGGCACAGCCCGUGCCUGUUCCACCGGUGCCUGGUCCGGCACCGGUCAGCUGCUCCACGCCGGAGCUAGAGCAAUCCGCUCCACCGGUGUUCAGUCCAGCUCCGGCCAGCAGGGUCAGACCGGACCAGGGGUACUUUGGGGGGUUGGAGAGGGAGUGGGAAUCAUGCCCGGAGCCGGAUCCGCCGCCAAGGCGGAGUGCCUACCCGGUCCCUCCCCUGUGGUGUUUGGUUGGCGUGGCCGGAGUCCGCGCCUUUGGGGGGGGUACUGUCACGCCCUGGCUCUGGGGACUCUAGUAUGUUGAGCCAGGGUGUGAGUUUUCAUUUGUUUUUGUUCUAGUUUUGUAUUUCUAUGUUGGCCAGUGUGGUUCUCAAUCAGAGGCAACGUGUAUCAGCUGUUGCUUGUUGUCUCUGAUUGGGAACCAUACUUAAGCAGCCAGUUUUCCCACAGUGUUUGUGGGAUCUUGUUCCAGUGUGGUUUGUGUUAGACCGAGGACGUCACGUUAUCGUUUGUUGUUUUUGUUAGUGUUAUCAUUAUUUAAUAAAUAUGUUCACCUUUCACGCUGCGCCUUGGUCCUCUGUACCCGACGAUCGUGACAUCAAUACGGAAAAUGUCAAGAACUUUUAAAGUUUCUUCAAGUGCAGUCGCAAAAAACAUCAAGCGCUAUGAUGAAACUGGCUCUCAUGAGGUGGUUUGGAAUGAGUCGGACCGCAGAGUGAAGGAAAAGCAGACAACAAGUGCUCAGCAUAUGUGGGAAUUCCAGGUGAAGCUGGUAGAGAGAAUGCCAAUAGUGUGCAAAGCCGUCAUCAAGGCAAAGGGUGGCUAUUUGAAGAAUCUCAAAUAUAAAAUAUAUUUUGAUUUGUUUUACACUUGUUUGGUUACUACAUGAUUCCAUAUGUGUUAUUUCAUAGUUUUGAUGUCUUCAAUAUUAUUCUACAAUGUAGAAAAUAGUAAAAAUAAAGAAAAACCCUUGAAUGAGUAGGUGUGUCCAGACUUUAGACUGGUACUGUAUAUAUAUAUAUAGCUGUAAAGAUUAUGAUCAAGAGAAAGUAUACCGAACUUAGGACUGCUUUUGACUGAUACUGCAUUCUCUCUGUUUUCCCUGUCUCUCAGAACACAUUCUGGUUUGGCCUAGGCUGCUGUGCCCUAUUCCUCCUUCCUAGCAUCAUCCUGUCAGUAAAACUGGCAAAGUUCUACCGUAGGAUGGACACAGAGGAUGUUUACGAUGAGUGAGUAUCUCUAAUCUUAAACUGUCCAGUGAAAAUCUCACUUUUAAAAGUUAAUAUUCUGUUAACUCAUACCCAAAUAAUGUUGUUGAAUCGUCCUAUACUCGUAUUUGUGGCAAACCAUAAAUUGUAGAAAAAACCCUUUAAAAAACCCACCUCAAACUUGUAUCUCAAACAGACUGUUUAAAAAAUGCUUGCUAUUUCCUCACAGAGCAUGAUGUCAUGUUGGCUCAUUGGCUGAGCUGGCCAAUCAGCAGUCUACUCGCAUGAAUAUUUUAAUGACCGGUAUACAACCACACCAUUCUGUUGUUGGGGUGUGCCCACACCAUACCAACACUGAAAAUACUUAAUUACCAUUUUUUGGAAGGAAAACGAUUUAACUCAUAUUGGAAUUAAUUAUAGGUCAUAUUUAAUAGAUAUCUAGAAACACUGAACAGUUACUUGAAAUACUAUGCUGUCACAUACAGUUUGUCAUAUGUGACUCGUUUCAGGAAACUAGUUGUAUAUCGCGUGUCACUACUUCACAGGAGAGGCAUUUGAACCUAAACAUAGAUUUUUUUUACAAAAUGCGUUUUUUGGCAGAAAUGCCCUCUGGAACAUGUGAACUUUCAUGUGCCUUAAUAACAAACUUGUAUGCCAUCUGUAAAUAGGAAUACAAUUGUUAUAUUACUAGCCUAUUUGGUUUAGCCAUGGAAAAAGACAGGAACCUUUCCGCUAGCCAUGAUUAGCUGAGAUAAUGGAUGAGCUGGACAUGCCGAGAGAUGAGUUCGGGUUGGUCUGCCAUGUAGCAAGUGUCUGUCUAUAACAUGAGCUGCUCAGUAUGUGUAGAUAAUCCUUUCUAACGUGGCUAUUUUGAAAGAUAUCACAAAGAACUGCAAAAGUGUUGCUAAUGAUCUCCAUUUUCUGGAGGACUGAGUUUUGAAAUCAGUGGAAUGUCCGGUGGAAGCAUCUAAGGUGAUGGAGAAAAUGCUGCUGUUUGAUUGCAAAGAGAACACACAGAAGGCUGUUGUAUAAAACACCUGUCUCCGGAUUACAUCUUCAAACUAAGGGCAACCAUGGCAUCCAUGACAGAGAGGGAGAAUCGUUUAUCAAUGUAUAUGGGUAAGAGAGUCUAGCUAGCUACAUUUUCAGAGAUCGUACGUUUCUAAUUUUGUUAGAAAGACGUUUUCGUUGCAAGUUAAAGCAUACUGUUAGCUAGCUGGCUCGCUAGCUAACGUUACUUGUAUGAUCUAUGUAGUAAUAUUAUUCAUAUCUCAGAGCCAUUUUCAUUGCUAGUUAUAGCCUAUUGUUAGAUAGCUAGCUAACAUUGAACCUAGUUGGUUAGCUUUAGCUACCUGCAGAUUCAUGCAGGGUAGUAACGUUAUAAAUUAGGAUUAUGAUUAAUUGUUUAGCUAGCUAGCUAAAUGUCUAAACAUAAGACUUCACUAUGCAAGUAACUAUUUCACUGUACUGUUUACACCUUCUGUAUCCUGUGCAUGUGACAAAUAAACUUUGAUUUUAUUUGAUAUUUUACCAGAGACGGUAAUGUGAAGAACAUCAUGACCUGCACCAAAGUCAAAUUAGGAUAUAACGUUAGGCCAACGAGACAGUGUCCGUUCUAAAAUUCUCUGGUAGAAUGCCCUGCUUUUAUUUUGUCACACUCGCCAUUCACUUUUAAAUAAUGAUUUUGUUGUGAGUAUUUUCCUGUAAUAAUGAAUACAAAUUAGCUUAAGUUAAGAAGUUGUCAGCUGUAUGAUAUGGUCAUUAUUUGAACUGGUUAGCCAGCUAACUUCACUUUAGCUAGCUAGCUAACAAGCUAGAAACAAUCCUAAACAUUGUUUAGAAAGUAGCUUUUAGUUGCCUGGUUUGCUAGAUUGACAUAUACUAAAUUCAUUUUUAAACGGAUGGGUUUAUUGGUGUUAAAAUACACCAGUUAUGCUAUUUUGGACCACCAGGCUGCUGAUGUCAUGCAGCCUGUCGUUUUUGUGUUUAUAUCUUUUCAUAACGAAAAUGACAAGUUUGAUGUCGGACGACAGUAGAACGUUCAUUGCGAGAACUGUCUACAUACAUGUCGAUAGACGUAGUAUGAACCAGCCUUUAGUCUUGAAAUCUUUGAUUGUUUAGUACACUACCGUCAUACUCACUCUGUUUAGCACAUGGCCUCACAUUUGAAUCCUUAAAGAGAUGGGUGGGUCUAAGGCUUAAGAGGGUGUGAAGGAUUCUGAAUGGGUGUAGACAAAGAAGAGCUCUCCAGUAGGUGUACCAAAACAUUCAAGGGCCAUUUUCUCAAAAGUGGGGAUAUAAGUUUAUCAACUUUCAAAGCAGAAUUACUGUCCCAUUGUUACUCAACUGUAGUAUAUGAUAUACCAUUUUCUAGCUCGGAGUCUCUACUUUUAUCCAAUGUAAAAAAAAAACACUAUUUCAAAUUUUGCUACAUAAGACCGAAUCGAGCCGGUCGGUCACAUAUCUGGAAAGAACCCUUUGAUCAUCCUCUUAAGUGAACUAUAGCUAUGGUUUGGAAAUCCCCUGCUGUGAAUUUGUAGUGCAACCCAGUGAUUAGUUUAAUGUAUGGUGAUCCUUCUUACAGUGUUUCCCCGACAACUGUCCCACCCCACCGAGCUCUUUCCCCCUGCCUAUUUGGUUAAAGGGGCCAUACAGUAGAUGUUGAUUUGAGCCUGGAUAGUAAUCUAGGGGAACACUUCCUUAUUAGACCCUAUGAUAUGCAUUAACAAGACUGAAAUUGGGAGGAGUCUUAUCAGUUCUCAUGAGUCAGGAUUACAAAGUGGUAAUUAACACAAUUUGACUCAAUCCACAACAGACGAGUUCAGUAUGAGGUAAUAGCAUUGCUUCUGUCCUGUCUCUGGUCCUGCCCUUUUUCUAACUUGCCUACUAUCCUUCCCCUAUCCCUGCCUUCCUCUCUUCUGUCUGUUGCAGUACAUUCGCAGUAGUAACUAGGUGUAAGCAACAGUAACUUAACUCUUUCUACUUAAUUCUCUGUCUCUUUCUCUCUCUCUUUUCCUUUACAGUUCCUCUGUUUCUGGGACGUGGCAUUUUACUUUGUGAUAACCAUUCCUACUAUUUCCAUCUCCUUCCAUCCUUACUUUUCAUUUAAUUUCUCUCUGUCAAGCACUUUGCACUUUAAGAAAAAAAAAACGGUGUAUUAAGUACUAUUCAUAUUGUUUUAUGCAUCCUUCAGUAGCCCUCACCUCUCCCAUGCACUUACAGUAAUGAAUGAAUGCGAUAGACAAGUCACCAAGUGUCUUGAUCAACGACGUGUAUCGACGUCAUUUGCUCAGUGCUAUUAUGCCCAAAACCUUUUGAUGCAUUUCUAUUGCCGAGCAUUUCAUUAACAUUUUUACUUUUUUGUAUCUUUCUAGCAUUAUUACAAUUCCCAUGAAAACGUAAGAUUCAUUUGACCCAUUUUACCUCUCCUUUCUCCUUCCAGUAUAACUCAUCCAUACACAUGCGCUUUUCUGUGGAUUUUGUACAUAGAUUUAAUUGCUGAUUUCUUGGUGCUGGUUUUACGUUUUAAGCUUUGAAAUGCAUCUAUUGGUGGAUCGUUUUGGCUUUCCUUUAAUCUUGAAAAAGUGCCCCUUGUUGAUCAUUAUGGGCUCUGAUUUCUUGUUUUUAGUAUUUGAUUAUUUGUGUACUUGUUUGACAUUUUACUGCACUGUAAGGAGCUAGUAACACAAGCAUUUCACUGCACCCGCUUUAACAUCUGCUAAACUGUGUAUGCGACCAAUAAACUUUGAUCUGAUUCUUACAGACCACCUCUGUUUUUGUAAGUUAAGGUGUAAGAUAAAAUACUGUGGUUUAUACAUUCUAGACUUUCUAUAUAGAAACAUACAUUUGUUUACAUUUAGAAUAGACCCUAGCAUUUUCCAAGGUUUUCCGAUUUAGAGAAAAAACGUUUAUUGUCGAGGGUUGAUACCAUGCCAUGUCUCUCACGUCAUAUUUCUUUAUCACGUUUUUUUUUGGUAUGCAAUGUUUUGUUUCAGUAUGGAAAUUGGUAAUAAUGGUUAUCAUAUUGAGCGUUUACAAGGUAUCCAAAACCCUGUAUUGACAAGGUAAACAAAAUAUAAAGCAGCCCGACGGAAAUAAUCAAUUUGCAUGGCCUGUUUCAGGGAGGGAUUGGGGCAGGGGCAGCAUGUUGGCCAGGGGGCAGUCAGUCAGUCACUCAGUGGGGGUGGUUUAAUAAGGUGGCUGGGACACAGUGCAUGCCCUCAGACACAUCUGGAGGUCAGCUGGACUCUUUCCGCUGGCUGCUACUCUGGUUGCUGCUCCAGCAUUGGGUGGUCACAAACAAGCCAGCUUAGUCCACUGUUUACCGCUUAUGUGUUUUGGGGUUUGGGGUUUCACGUGAUCUUUGGACCAUUACUAACCCACUGCAUGCUCUGUUCACAAUGACUUGAUCGAGUGAAAAGAAACUCCUUGCAUGUUUCCUCUUCUUUAGAAUUGGGCAAACUGCUGUGAAUGUACACGUGAUCCUUUUGGUCAGAGAGAGGCAAAAAGAGAGGCAAGCAUGUCUGCUUUGGUGUGGUACUACUGAGACAACUGCUCAUGUGACUAACAACCUCUAACUGCAUGUUUUUCAUUGAAAUGUACAUUUGGACAGCCAAGCAGUGUGAACCAGACACAGAGAGCAUCACCACAGAAUGACAGACAAGGGAACAUGACAAUAACCAACCUGCUAAGACUACCACCUAUGGCUUAUCUUUUAUUACAAUCUACCCGAUAUCAUCAUCAAUUCACCAUGAACAUGGUUUCACCCUCUACUUCUCUCAAAAAGUCAAUAGAAAAUCAGUUUGGAUAGAGUGGAUGUUAUUCCCUCAGUUCAGUUCAUAUGCAACACGUGUAUGGUUACACACAGGCAAAUGUACUGCAUACAUUCACCCUGGCAUCAUACCAUCCCUUGUUGGCCUCAAGCCCUCAGCGAGUGUCGAUGGAGUGGUUCUGCUCUCUGUGUCUUGGGAAAAGCCUGCUGCUCCCGUCAAGUGAAGGAUCUGAAAGCAAGAGACAGGGCUAACAAAAUGGUUGACCUUCGAAGGUUCCCUUUUCCUGGCAUUGAUGUUGUCCCCCUUUCUGUACCCCUGUGCCACUAGCAUCCCUGCCUAUGACACUAUGUCUAGAUUCCCACGGGCCUCAGCUCCCCCCAGGCAUAUUGAC